GACAAAAAAUAAUGACUGUUUCGUAAGACCCUAGUUAAAAAGAUGGGUGUCAAGAUAGUUAACAAAACACUUCGGUAGGUAUAAUACCUCCAACGAAGCUUGGUGGUACAGCAACUGUAUUCUCAUUGGUCCAAUCAGUGGUGAAAGAGCUCUUCUUGCAGACUAUGGCCGAGGACCGGAAAAAUUUUGAGAAUUAUGCUGGCGACAUUUGGCAAGAGUACAAAACACAUGGGACUCCAGGUCUGUACGAAUUGCUCUUUCGCAGGAAACCAAAAGGCUAUUCUCACGAAGAUUUGUAAGAGUACAAAAAACUGCUAGAGCUAACUCAUGCCCAUUUUCACGAUAACGACCCGUACAGCAUACAUAAAGACAAAGAUCAUGAAAAAUUCGACUUCAAUGAUAUUUCUCUACAGAUUUCGAUUUAACAGACUCAUGUAGGGCAUCGCUUGUAAGUUCGGAAGCAAUGCAUAUAUGGCCACGUCAACUGAGAUGCACUUUAAGUAUAUCCUGUAGCAAAUGAAUACAUUAGACCAGGGGUUCCCAAAGUGUGCGCCGCGGCGCCCUGGUGCGCCGCAGAAAGUUAAGAAGGGCGCCGUGAAGCUAUUCUCUUUACCAUUCUCCGAAACCUCAACUUAAGUGUUCGCGGGUACAAAAUAAACAAUUUAAUUUCUAGCGCUCGCGUAGUGCUACGCAUAUUUGCGCACUCGCCGAUACUGAUCUACUACACGCCCGAGACAACUGUGGUUCCAGUAAAAAUGUAAGCUACCCAAGGUCAGACGUACCCCUCCCUCCGCAACACUAUCCCCUCCCUUCCCCUAGUCCGCCUCAAGGGUCGGAACGCAUUUCGUGAGCGGGACGGCAAGUAGAGCUCACCCAUCACAUUGACUAGCCUAGAUAAGUCUGCAGCAUCUGUUGCUCCCCUGCAGGCCGCCUGCAGAAUGAAGGUUGUGCCGGUGCUGUUGGCAGCCCUGGGGUGCUCGCUGGUCACUAGUGCCGCUGUCGUGGCGAGGAGCGGCGAGCAGGCGGUGGAUGAGGGCGAUGAUAUUCUUCCCUUCUUGUUUCGACGUUCACCUGGAUCUGCCCCGCUGCAGCGAGGGGGUGUGUCCGCAGCGUGGUGCGGGCACCUGCAGGUGGGGCUCGCAGUGUCGCCGCUGCUGGACGGCAGGUCGCGGCGCCUCGAGCUGUGGUGGGACGGGGCCCGCCCGCGCGCCGGCGACUGGGUGGGGCUGUUCGGCGCCGACCCCGCCGCCUCCGGGGGACUCCUGGCCGGGCCGCUCUUCGCCGUCAGCGCCGGGGCGCGCGGCUCUGGCUGGGUGACCUCGGAGGUGCACCAGCCCGACCUGCCCGCCUCGCCGGGCCUCGCCACCUCCGGGCCCCAGUGCCUGGGCGCCUGGGUCGCCUACGUGGCCGCGGACAACCGCUCCGUGCUGGCCUCCAGCUGCCUCAGGACCCGUCCCACAUGGAUGGCAGAGAUGAACGCCACCAUCUCCUCCCUAAAGCUCCAGGACAUCUUCCUGCCCGGCACGCAUGACUCCGGGUCCUACAACGAAUCCCCUGGCAAGGAGACAUUAGUGGCCAGGUACACCAUCACACAGGAGGAGGACACCCUCGACCAGCUGAUCUAUGGUAUCCGGUACCUGGACGUGCGCGUGGGGUACUACCCGUACCUCAACCCCCAGUGGUGGGUAAACCACUGGCUGUUCAGGAUUCACCCACUGCAGCAGCUCGUCGACCAUGUCAAGAGGUUCGUGCUGGCCACGAACGAGAUCGUCAUCUUCGAUGUUCACGAGUUCCCAGUGGGGUUCGGGUCCAACCUGAUGGUCCACGCGCUGCUGGAGGGCUACCUGCAGGAGCAGCUGGGGUCCCUAGCCACGCCCAAGGCCCUGUCGUGGAAGUCGACCCUGGGCGAGGUGUGGGGCUCCGGCAGGAGACUCAUCGUGUCCUACAACCAGCAGCACCUGGUGGACGGCAGCACCUGGCUGUGGCCCGCUGUGGCUCAGCAGUGGGGGAACGUGGACACGCUGGACAAGCUCCACGACUACCUCGCCUUCGUCAUGAACAAGCAGUUCCACAACAUAGCAUGGGCAGCAAUGGCUGAGCUGACGGCCAGCGCGGAUCACGUGAUCUAUGACACGCUGGGGGGUCUACGCAAGAUGGCGGACAGCGUGAACCGCAAUGUGACGGUGUGGUACAAGGGCUCGUGGGGCAAGACCGUCAACAUCGUCGCCGUGGAUUUCUUCCGCGGCACAGGGAUCGUGGAUGCGGCCAUCCAGUGGAACGAGCGGCGGGGGUCCAAUGCUAGCUGCCCACGUUGGGCGCCACCAUCAUCUCGUAGCCGCAGGGGUCCAAUUUUGGCUGCCCCACGUUGGGUGCCACCAGUAUCUCGUAGCCGCGGGCAGGCUGUUGAAGCAUGGGAUACCAUAGACUUUCUCGAGCAUCUUGGACUCCAGCCAUUGCCAAGAUGGCUAGCUACUUGGUGGCACAUCAUCGUCCUUUCAUCACCAGUAUGGAUGCAAUGCCAACGAGCAGUGGCCAAUCAGAUGCAAGAACCUCAAGCAGCAAAUAAGUAGAGGCAUGCGAAAUUCGUGUUAUUUUCUGGCACCAGGCUAGACUCCACACAUCGGAAGGUGUUUUUUGAUUGGCUUAUCACAUUUUACCUUCUUUCUAGUUGGCAUUUUAUUGGAUCAUGAGAAUAUUGUAUUUGUGUUGUUGGUGUCUUGUAUUUCAGGGCUUGUUAAACUAGCCAUGAUCCAUUAAUGGUGUCUAUCUAAUGUACAACCGUAUACAUUCAGGGAGUGUUUGCUUCCGCAAUGAAUUAUUGUGACUGGUGUGCUGGUAGUAGCAGUCAUGUACCUUGAAGAUAUUCACACAAUCACGGAAAAUAGAAAAUUUCUGCGGUGUUUCAACCCUCGGCUAGUCUAGAAAUCUGUUCACUAAAAAUACAUGCGCCUCAAUAUGUAUUCAUUUUCAUCGUAGGUACAUUCUUUACGCAACAGGAAAAUUUACAUAAAAAUAACCUUAAGUGAUAGAAAUUAUGUUUAUAAACCUUUUUCAAGUGUAUUUAUAUAAGUGAGGUUAUGUUCUCGUAUGUAUAACUGUGUCAAGUUGCUUGUAAGCUGAAUGUUUAGUAGUCUCCUUGUCGUUUUCAUGGGAGUGUUUGUGAGCUUUUGUCCUGUAUGUAUAAUUUAUUUGCAUUAUUAAUUAUAUUAUAAAGAGUUUCAUUUUUAUUUAAUAAAUAACGAAUGCUAAGCAAUUAGAAUCAACAUUCAGCAUGUAUAUUUAUUUGCAUUAUUAAUUAAAAUGUAUCUCGAUAACUAUACUAAAAUAAAUAAUUAAUUAU